UUCUGGUACAGUACGCACAGCUCACAGCAGGCCUCGGCACGUGCACGUACACUACAUGUACAUGUACGUACCUCGGGAAAACAGAACCAGACUAUUUAUUUAAAAAUCGAACACCAUCCACCGAACCAACGGAACCUUACCAGAAAUGCGUCUGGGAAACAGACCAAUAUAACUCGCACAGAAUUUCAUGCGCACAGUGAGCGUCAGCGAUGUCAAAUUGAGACAAUAUCACAGGAACUUAAUGUAGCCCUACCAUCACCAUGACGACUGUCCUGAGUGAGCGCGCUCGGAGCAAUCUUCUGGUGCACCGUGCAUCCAUCGCGCAGGACCUAACGGUGGAUUAUGUGCUGGACCUGUUGAUUUCCGAUCUCAGUAUCAGUUUAGAGGAAUCUGAGUUGAUUGGUGCCGAGGUUACGAGGCGGCGCAAAGCAACCAAACUCCUGGACAUCAUCGCAACCAAGGGCCAACAGGCCUACAAUAACCUGCACAAGGCCCUGAGGGAAAGACACAAACACCUGGCUAUCCUUCUGGAAGAUGGCGUGACCGUGGACGGCGUUCCCCUCACUCCGGGGAUGUCGCCAGAUAUUUUAUCUGAGGAGGAAGUUCAAAUUGUCAUGACGCGCGGCGGAGUCCCACCCCGGCCGGCUGUCUUCAUGUCCCGCAUGGACAAAGUGCGGGAAAUCCGUGAGGCACUCUUCCAGCUGCAAGACAAGAUUGGCUGGGUGCUAGUGCACGGCAUGGGGGGCAUUGGCAAGUCUGUGCUGGCCGCCGAAGCUGUCCGCAACUCCAAGAUCCUCACAAAGGUCUUUCCCGGAGGUGUGUUCUGGGUGGCCAUCAGCAACAUCGACAAAUCCAAGCUGCUGACCAAGCUUCAGAACCUCUGUGCCCGACUGGACCAGGAGUCCCGCCCACCCCCACUCAACUUGGAGGAGGCCAAGGACAGGCUGCGAUUGGUGCUCGUGGAGCAACACCCAAGGUCUCUGCUCAUUUUGGAUGACAUUUGGUCAACCAAGGUUGCUCGGAUAUUUGACGUUCAGUGUAGAGUUCUAGUAACUACCAGGGACAAAAGCGUUGUAGAUACCAUUUCAAGUCCAGUCACCACGAUCAGUUUGGAGCAUGGAUUCUCUGAAUCCCAAGCCUUGGAGACCUUGGCGCUGUGGACCGAAAAACCCAGGAAAGAGCUUCCUCCCGAAGCACAUCAGAUCUAUGAAGCAUCAAAAGGUAAUCCUCUGGUCAUCUCCUUGAUUGGCGGACUUCUCCGAGACCACCCCCACCGCUGGGAGUACUACCUCAAGAAGCUGAAAGAGAAGAAGUACAGUCGGCUGCGCAAGGCCUCAUCCUACGAGUACGAGAGCGUGGACGAGGCCAUGGGAGUCAGUGUGGACCAACUGCCGGAUGAGUCCCGAGAGCUCUACUUUGACUUUGUCAUUUUUGAUGGAGGAGUCAAGAUCUCUGCAAAGGUGCUCAGCAUCUUGUGGGACAUAGAGAUGGAAUCCGUGGAGGACGAGAUGCUUCAACUGGCCAACAAGUCCCUUGUUCGUCAGGAAUGGGACGACAAGUUGCGCUGCAUGAUCUACACCGUGCAUGACUUACAGCUAGACUUCAUCAAACAGAACAGCGAAAACCAGAAAGAUGUGCACAAAAAACUGGUCUGCAGUUACAAGAAGCUUUGUCAAGGCAAGUAUCACACCUUAGAGGACGACGCCUACAUCCACGAGUACCUCCCCAUGCACAUGGCCAAGGCUCACCUCUUCUCAGAGCUGCGCGGCCUCCUGCUCAACCUGGACUGGAUCGUGGCCAAGCUGGGUGUGAUGGGGUUGGCAGCGCCGGCCUAUGUGCUCAGCGAUUACGUCAAAUACAGCCACUACCUCAUGACGAGAGAGGAAAUGGAUCUUGCCAAGGAAUUCCAGCUCUUUGUUAGCGUCAAUUCCCACCUCCUUGUCCAGUCGCCCAAGCCCGACGUGACGCAGCUCGCCCUCAGCCAACCACCCAACUCCUUGGUCUACAAGCAAGCCCACCAGAGGGCGCUACAGAGUAAAACAGGUUUCUUUGUCAAUUGGCGCAAUAGACCGUCUAAAAUGGACUCCAUACUCAUGAGAAGCAAGGUUCAUGAGGGAACAGUGUCCUGUGCAAACUUCUCACCGGAAGCGGAUUUGGUCGUGUCUUGCGGAGAAGAUGAGAACAUCAAGAUAUGGGAGAGCAUGUCAGGGCGAGUUAGCCUCAUGUUCAACACUCACGAGGAGCACGUCAACUAUUGUGAGUUUUCACCCGACGGCAGCAAGUUACUCAGCUGUUCAAAUGACAAAACUCUGAAGCUAUUUAAUAUUCAUGAAGAGAAGCUGAUCGCGACGUUUUACGGUCACACGGCUGAAGUGUACAUGUGCGUGUUCUCCCACGACGGGCAGAAAGCGGCGUCCUGCUCGGAGGAUAUGACGGUCAAGGUGUGGGAUUUGGUCAACCUGAGACUCCUUCGCACACUGACCGGUCACUCCGAGGCGGUCAAGGGCUGCCAGUGGUCAGGCGACGACAAGAGCAUCGUCAGCUGUUCACAUGAUUCAUCAGUGAAGGUUUUUGAUGCAGAAAGCGGUGGUAUUCUGACCAGCUACGAUGAACAUGAUAGCUUUGUUACAUGCUGCUGUGUUUCUCCCAAAGACAAGAGAGUCGCCUCUGCAUCGUCCUACCUGUUGCAUGUUUGGGACAUGUCGACAGCCGAGCAGCUAGGAGUGUGCGUCUGCCGAACCCAGGCUAUCCUGUGUUGUGCCUUCUCACCCAACGGGAGCAUCGUCGUGACGGGAUGCUCCGACUUCUCAAUCUGGCUGUGGGAUAUAACAUCGUUCAAGUCUCUCGCUGUCUAUCGAGGCCACAGCAGUUGGGUAUUGUCAGUAGCCUUUGAUUCCAGCGGCGAGCAGCUUGUGUCGGCCUCGGAUGACGAAACGGUCAUGAUAUGGAAAGUUGACAGCCUCUUUGACGACAACAACGUGGUGCUGAAGAGGGACUUUGAGGCACGGUUCAGCAGUGAUGACGUGACCAUUGUGACCUCCGAUGUUAGCAACGCCUGUCUGGUUAUCGAUGAGAACGGCCAGCGGACGCGCGUCGUCGCACAGAGUCCAGCUCGAGUCCGCACCGUGGCCAUGUCCAGCGACGGCAAAGCAGCCUGCGGAAACAUCUUAGGCGAGAUAUUUCUACUGAGUGUCAUCUUUGCCAAAGAGUUAUGCGUACUUAGGGGACACACUAGUGCAAUCAGACAUUGUGUCUUCAACAAAGAUGGGUCCAUGUUAGCCUCAACUUCAGAGGAUACUGAUGUCAGGCUGUGGAAUCUGAACAAGCCUGGUCAACAUGUCGUUCUCAAAGGUCACAGGGACUCGGUCAAUAUGUGCAACUUUUUCAAGAAGGAUACCAGGCUGUUGUCGUCUUCCCACGAUGGUACUAUGAAGAUAUGGGAUGUCAAGUCUGGGGAGGUCAUCAAGUCUAUUGAGGCGCACGACAAUUGGAUCUUCUCCUCCGACGUCUCACCCGACGAGAAACUAGCAGUCUCGGUGUCGGUGGACAAAACAGCAAAGGUGUGGGAUAUUGCCAGUGGUAAUCUCAUACACACGCUGAAUGGACACGACGACAUCAUCAGAACCUGUUGCAUCGCCCCAAACAGCCGUCUCCUGGCAACCGGGAACGACCAAGGAGUGAUCAAGAUUUGGGAUUUGAUCUCUGGCAAGGAAAUUGCUACCUGUGCCGGUCAUAAUUCUUGGAUCACGGACAUCACAUUCUCAAAGGAUAGUCGGUACAUUCUCUCUGUGGGGGAUAAUGUCAAGUGGUGGCGUGUGGACGGCAGUUCCGUUCAGAUCUUCCACAUCCGAGGGAGUUUUGUCCGUCUUGUCCGAGCAGACGAUGACUUCAAGCACUUCGUGACCAUCGGCAACACCGGCAUACUUUACAUCCUGUCAUUGAUCAAGCAACCCCAGCAGCACGCUAUGCACCUAUAGCGGCGUCCAGCCUCAAAAACGCCGGUAAGAUGCAGUCGCCUCUAUCUCUACGCAGGGUUUGAAUUUUACUUGAAAAGUCACAGAACUAUCAAAUAAAUGGCUUGUAAAGUUAACUGGGCAGAAGCCACGGGCAAGUUCGAUCAAUGACCAUAGUUGACCAGAGUUUGACUAACUCUGGUCAACUGCAUGCUAGUCGAUGAUGGUUGGACUAGUCUAGUCAACUAUAUGCAACCAGCGUAUCGAGGUUGGUCGCAUUGUUGGUUGCCAUAAAUCAUUUUUACUAGCACAGUGCAGAGAGGCACGGUUACCGGUACAAGACGAAUGCUGGAAAAACAGUAUGACACUGGUAAAUGACCAUUUGCACUUUUAUUUUUGCUAUCUUGCCCUUCCUGCGGCAACCUUUUCUACCCUUCAACCUAACGACCUGACAACGGUUGACCAGAUUCGUUUGCACUUCAACGUCAUCGCACAUGAGCUAGGCACGUCACGAACCAACCACCAGUUAACUAGUGGGCAUUGAUCUAACUUGGCCCACAUUGCAAGAUUUUGAUUUAAGCACCAACUGCAUGUGUGUAGUUGCCAGUCUCUCCUCUUCAAUGGCAUAGGACGAAUUGAAAGUCUGGUAUCCGACAUAAUGAGACGCAGAGAGCAUCGCCGAUCAAUCCCCGACAACAUAGAGUGAUACGAAAACACCUUUCAGACAAAUAUUGGUGCAGAGUCGGGAAAGUUGUAUCAGAUUCAGCUUUGCCGACUGUUUGCGUCGAGUCGCCAGAGUAGGUCUAUACCAACACGUCGCUGGCAUGACGGGCGUAUGACGAUGUUUCUCUCGCUUAGUACCACUCAUUUUGUCCACUUUUUCCUCAUUACUAAAACACAUGGAGACGCAGUCGUCAACAAAAUAGCUGACUAUAACCAAAAUACACCAAAUUGGAGUAGCAGUUUGGCUUCAAGGAGCGAUAUUACCACCUAAAACACAAUGUGUUUUAUUUCAAAAUUUUCUGAGUUUCAGACGCCAUUUUUUAAAAUUUUCUGUUGUGAAAUGAGGACACCAAAUGUCUCUUCCACGACUGUCUGUGUCUUCAUAACUUGCGUGCAGUUGGCGUUCAUUACGACCAUGGAAACCAGACAGGACGAACAAAUAACACCAACACGGGACACGGUCCAGUUGUCGGGUUUAAAAUUUGAACCCCGUGAUGGGACACCAGGUUGCACUCCACAGCUUUAAUGUUGGCUGCUUCCAUGUAGGAUAAGAGUGUUUUACAGCACUAGCUGUCAUGAUAUUAUUUUACCAAAGACAUGAUGUACAUUUAAACUGCUUUUCUUCGGAGAAACCGAAAGCCCAACACAGACAAGCCAGUCUGUAAAUGUAAUCCUUCUUAAAAUGAGCCACAGGUCGCCAAAGCCACUUCUGACCUAGCCAUGCCCUAUUCAUCAUCAUUCUGUGCAAUUUGCUCUCAAUCCAAAGGAUGUUAAAAAAAUCUUGCUUAAAGUAAAUCAACAGGAACAUUUUUCUACUCUACCAUGUUCCGUUUCCUCAGCAUGUCAAACUGAGACCUCAGUUUUCUCAUUCCAGUGCUUAUUGAAUUGGCCCCAAGACUCAUUUUGUGGGAUUCACAUUGGGCCCAUCUUAGACAGAAUAAGCAAACGCUUCGUACUUAACACUGAUUUAGAUUGCUUCCCAAGCUAUCAGAUGCCGAUGAAUAGUUGCAGGGGUGUGUGGCUUACAUCUGUAUCAUGUGAGAUGCCCACACACAAUGGCGCCCUCGCUGGUGAAAAAGAGAGAAGCGAGGCUGACAAGUGGCUUUUUGUACUUGUAUUGUUCAUGAUCUGUGCCAUAUAUAAUACAUGUGCUUGGACAGGUGCAUACCUUUGCAGUUACAUCACCCAUCUACCGGCAAGUGUAGUGUGGACAUUCCUUUGUUGGAGGGGGGAAGCUUGCGUGGACCUGGCUUAGUCCACACAAUCCGAAGUCCAGGGGCUAUUAUUAGGUCAAUACAAGUACAAAAAGCCACUUGUCAGCCUCGCCUCUUUUAAUAGGCUCUCAUGUCCUCAGAGAGACAGCAAAGUUGGCAUGCAUACACAGUGCAAUGGCCCUGUGGGCCAUUGUUUCUACAAACAGACCAUCUUCAGGUCUUGAAUCUAGAGGUGCAACAUGGGGAUUUUGUCGGAAACGAUCUUAAUUUUUGUUGUAUCCACGGAAUAAUCCUCCAAAGGAUGGUGCUGUACCGUUUCUAACAACUUUGUGCUUUUCAAUUUCAUUAUAAAAACAAAAUUGCCAAGGCAUUCCUCCAGGGAUGAGGGUUAACUCGCCCUCUUGGAUCUACGACCAGCCUUCUCUGUUUCACCAGCAGAUCUAUCACCCUGAGCCGUUAUCGGCGGCCGAAAGGCUUAAAACUAGAGUCAGUAUUUCUCUGCUUCAAGAUUAUGGAUGUUUGGCAUUGCCCUGUAUUGCGCACUGCCACCAAAUCUUGCCGCCAAGUGAAUUUUUACUUAAUAACUAGAAAGGCUUACGACCUGUUGUUUUUGUUUAAUUGUAGUUGUGUAUGAAAUACAUGUGGUAGGGUUGCGUGUUGUAUUUUGUGCACUUUAUAAUGCUGUAUUCCAUGAAGUGCCCAAAGAACUUAAGUGCUCUCUCAACAUUUAUCUUUUUUUACUGUUUCUUUAGUUUUUCUUUCUGGAUUUGACUUCUAGUAAUUACUUUCUGGGUAUGACCUGAGAGAGAUAUGUGCUUAAGAAUUCAAGCGCUUUUGUAUACAAUGAAAGAGGUGAUUGGUCGAGUUGUGAUAUUUAUGCAGAUUUGUGUUGGGUGAUGUAAAAGGGGAGGGGCUUUGAGACGGAUGAGGUGAGGGGAAAGGUUUGCGUCAUCCGGUGUGUUUGAUUUCUUCCCUGUGCUUACUCGAUUUACUUGACUCACGCUCAAUGUGGUGUGAGUAACUGAUCUGCUGAGCUGAUUGCUCAGGGAAGUGGAUUCCAUAAUCACUGCCAUGGUGGUUUCCAGUUGUUUAACCCCAACACUUCCCAGUCCUCCAACAGGUGAAGGAUUGAGGAGGGUUAGGGUUAAUGAUAGUUGUUUGCAGUGCCUGCUGCUACAUGUGAUUCGAACCAGCCAGUCGACACCGGCAAGCUCGGUGGUCGAAUGGUUAUUGACAUUUGCACUAGUAGGCAGGAGGUCAUGGGUUCGAGUCCCACCCGAGUACGCUUGUAAUUUAUUUUAAGAAGCCCUUAGGGGCGUACACUGA